AUGGUUUCUUUCCCGCGACAAGGACCCCCAGAGGCACAUAGAGAUCAUAUGUCUGUAGUUGGGUUGAAGAACGCGGUAGCGAAGCUGGUGUCUCCCGGGGCGUCGAAGCUGCCGGGGACGUACGGGUCUAUGGAUAGCGAUGCCACGCGUGUGGGCGAUGUGAAUGUGAAUGGGAGCGGGAGCGGGAGCGGGACGAAGUACGACAAUGGUAAUGAUAUAGAGGCGUCGGUUGACGGUGGCGAGCGCGAGGGUCUGUUCAGCAAUGUGGACCCGCGUGUGAUCAGCGACUUGAUUAUCGGGCUGAGCGACGGGCUGACGGUGCCAUUUGCGCUAACCGCGGGGCUCUCGUCGCUGGGUGACGCGAAGCUGGUGAUCACCGGUGGGUUCGCGGAGCUCAUAUCCGGGGCGAUAUCGAUGGGUCUGGGUGGGUACCUGGGUGCCAAGAGCGAGUCGGACUACUACCACGCCGAGGUCAAGUCCGAGAAGCGGAAGUUUUACGAGAAUAUGACGUUAAUAAACCACGAGAUAGAAGACAUAUUGCUGGACAUCAACCCAGACUUCUCAGACGAGACCAUAGUGUCGUUCUUCAAGGACUUGCAGCGGAAGCCCGAGCUGAUGGUGGACUUCAUCAUUAGGUAUGGCCGUGGUCUCGACGAGCCAGCAGAGAACAGACAGUUCGUCAGCGCUGUAACCAUCGGCGGCGGCUACCUGCUCGGUGGACUGGUGCCCUUGGUGCCAUAUUUCUUCGUAAAGGAAGUCGGAACAGGCCUGAUAUACUCAAUCGUGGUCAUGGCCAUCACGUUGUUCUGGUUCGGCUAUAUAAAGACCAUGGUCUCGAUGGGGGAAAGUUGUACAACUAACAAAAAGGUCUCGGAAGGGCUGCAGAUGGUAGCAGUUGGUGGUGUCGCAGCAGGAGCUGCUUGGUUUUUCGUCAAACUUUUGGGAUAG